AAUAGCGCAUCAAAAAUAUAUCAAGUAUGUGGUUUUUUGUGUAUGCAUUUCUGGUUUGUCAGUUCACUGAAGCAGCGGUGAAACUACCACCCAACGUGGCCUUCCCGGCGGUUAUAGCAUUCGGAGACUCCAUUGUUGAUCAGGGGAUGAAUAACAACAUUAGCACAAUUGUUAAGUGCAAUUUCCCACCUUAUGGUUUCGAUUUAAUGGGCGGUGCACCCACUGGGAGAUUUAGCAACGCCAAAACCCCACCUGAUAUGAUAGCUCAAGAGUUGGGAAUUAAGGAACUUGUUCCUGCAUAUUUCGAUCCUAAUCUGCAAAGUAAAGAUCUUCUAACAGGAGUCAGCUUUGCUUCAGGAGCAUCCGGAUAUGAUCCUCAAACAUCUAAAAUAGCGGCGGUCUUAUCGUUACCUGAUCAGUUGGGGCUAUUCAAAGAAUACAUCAGUAAGCUUAAAGCAUUGGUCGGAGAAGAGCGUACAAACUACAUAUUAGCCAAUAGUUUAUUUCUUUUGGUAGCUGGCAGUGAUGAUCUUGCCAAUACUUACUUUACUUUUGGUGCUAGAAGACUGCAAUAUGAUGUUCCGUCAUAUGCUGAUCUUAUGGUUGAUUCUGCUUCCACUUUCAUCCAGGAUCUAUACAGUCUUGGAGCAAGAAGAAUUGCGGUGUUUGGUGCUCCGCCAAUUGGUUGUUUGCCAUCGCAAAGAACAUUGGGCGGGGGAUUAAACAGAAUGUGUGUAGAUAGUCGCAACAAAGCAGCACAAGUGUAUAACACAAAACUCUCUUCAGAGCUUGAUACAUUCGGCAAUACUCUUCCUCUGUCCAAAAUACUCUACAUAGAUAUCUAUAGCCCUCUUCUUGAUCUCAUCCAAAAUCCUCAAAAUUAUGGUUUAGACGUAGUAGACAGAGGUUGUUGCGGAACAGGGGACUUGGAGGUAUCCGUGUUGUGUAACAAACUGAGCUUAACAUGUCCUGAUCAUACUAAAUAUCUCUUCUGGGAUAGUUAUCAUCCAACUGAAACUGGAUACAAGCUACUGAUUAACAAGAUUAUUGGCAGAUACAUCACCAGAUUUUUUUGAUGCCAUAUGCAUCUGUAAAGCGUAUGCCAAUCUAUGAGUUUCUCGUGGAAGUGAAA